AUGGCGACCACAGUCACGGAGCUGAAGUGCGCUGUGAGAGAGACACUGGAGACACGCGGGGUCCUGGGACAGCUCAAGGCUCGGAUCCGGGCCGAGGUGUUCAAGGCUUUGGAGGAGGACAAGCAGCCCCCACGUCCUCCGCAGCUGUCCCACGAAAACCUCCUCAUCAACGAGCUGAUCCGGGAGUACCUGGAGUUCAACCAGUACAAGUCCUCUGUCUCCGUGUUCACAGCAGAGUCAGGUCAACCUGAGGUUCCCUUAGGCCGACACUUUGUGGCAAAUGAGCUGAAUGUCGCAGAGGAUGUGAGCUCCAAGUCAGUGCCGCUCCUGUACGGACUGGUGUCUCACUUUGCGAACAGCGUCGACGGUGGAAGGAAAGUGUUUCUAAGGGGGUCGUCUACAGCCCCCACUGACACCUGA